AUGCUUCCUCAAGUCAUCGGUCCCAUGCCCUUGCCUCCUGGUCUUCCAUUCCCAAAUCCUAUCGUGCCAAUAGGGCCAUGGCCAAAUCCCUUCGAUAAUGGUAACUGUGGUUAUCCAGGUGGAUGUGACAAUCCAAUUGUACCGCAGCCGGAUUGUUCAGCCGAGAUUAAUCGCGCUCAAGCGGCUGAAACUCGUGCUUCGAACGCCGAACACCAACUUCAGGACGCACAGUCACAAUCCUGGCAAUGCAGUCAACAAGUGAACAACUUGAAGAGUCAACUGAGUCAAGUGACCACCGAAAGAGAUGACGCCUAUAACCAGGUCACCACACUGAAAACUUCAGUGAGCACGAUUAAAAUUGAGCUGCAAAAGCAACAAAGUCUUGUGACCGAAUUGAAUAUCAAGAUAGAGAACUGUCAAGCAGACAAGGACCAGCUGCAGGGUCAAUGUGACAGUGUCAAGCGGGACAGAAACGACUUCGAGAAUAAGUUCAAAGAAAUGUCUAAAAAAUACGAAACUGAAAGAACUCUCCGAAUAACCAAAGAAAAUGAUGUGAUAACAAUAACGGGGCAACUAAACACCGAGAAGAAUGCUCGAGCGAAUGCCGAGCAUCAGGUGGACUCACUCAACGACCAACUUAAUAGCGAACGGGAGGCUAGAAGAUCAGCUGAAAGUCGGUAUUCAUCAGCGAGUAGUCAACUUCAAGAUGAACGCGACAAGAGAANCAACAACAGCAAAUUGACAAACUCAAACGUGAUCUGGAAUCGGCGCAGAACGAUCUGGCUCGAAGCGAUCGUGACACGGAGACGUGUCGAAGUCUGCAAGGAAGCUGCAGCUCGGAUUUGCAAACGUGUAGCCAAAAAAUUAACGACUACGUUCGAAUUCAAAGCGAAAAAGAUGUGA